UUCUCUGUGAACCUAGAUGACGUUCCUCCGUACUUCAAGAUGGAACCGAUCCCGACUCAGGUCCACCUGGAGGGGAACCGCCUGGUGCUCACCUGCAUGGCCGAGGGAAGCUGGCCUCUGGAGUUCAAGUGGAUCUACAACGGAACUGAGCUGACGCGCUUCUCUCUCGAGUACAGGUACGUGAUCCCGGCGCUGGACCGCGCCCACGCAGGGUUCUACCGGUGCAUCGUGCGGAACCGGGUGGGCGCCCUGAUGCAGCGGAGUACUCAGGUGCAAGUGGCCUAUAUGGGGGGUUUUGUGGAGGGCGAGCGCACCCAGGCCGUGUCCCAGGGAGAGGCAGCGGUCAUCAUGACCCCGCGGAUCCACAGCUACCCCAGGCCUGGGAUCACGUGGUUCAGAGACGGACGCAAGAUCCCCCCCAGCAGCCGCAUAGCGAUCACCCUGGACAACACCCUCAUCAUCCUGUCCACUGUUGCCCCCGACGCCGGCCGCUACUACGCACAGGCCGUCAACGACAAGAACGGAGAGAACAAGACGAGCCUGCCAGUUACCUUGACAGUGGAGAACAUAGGUGGCCCUGCAGACCCCAUUGCUCCUUCCAUCAUUGUUCCUCCGAAGAACACGAGCGUGGUGGUGGGAGCUUUUGAAGUCACGCUGGAGUGUGUGGCCAAUGCCAGGCCCCUUGUGAAAUUGGCCGUCACGUGGCGUAAGAACGGUCAGGUGUUCACGCGUGGCAUCCGUGACUUUGGCCGGCGAGUGACCAUCAGCGGGCCGCUGGUGAGCGACAGCGGCUACUACGAGUGCGAGGCCUCCCUGCGCAGCAGCCGAGCGCCCACCGUCAAAGCCGGGUCCUACCUGCACGUGCUCGAACACCCGAUGUUUGUGAAAGAACCCGAGCGACACAUCAGUGCAGAGAUGGAGAAGGUUGUGGACAUACCCUGUCAGGCCAGAGGAGCCCCCCAGCCUGACAUCGUGUGGUACAAGGACGCGGCGCCCAUCAGCCCGGUGAAGACGCCCCGCUACAGGGUCCUGGUGGGCGGCAGCCUGCAGAUCAACGGCCUGUUACCGGACGACACCGGAAUGUUCCAGUGCUUCGCCCGGAACCUGGCCGGCGAGAUCCAGACCAACACCUAUCUGGCUGUCACCAGUAUCGCGCCCAACAUCACGGCGGGGCCUGCCGACAGCGCCGUGAUUGACGGCAUGUCGGUCAUCCUGCACUGCGAGACGGCGGGAGCCCCGCGGCCGGCCAUCACGUGGCAGAGAGGUGAGCGUGUGUUGGCCAGUGGGUCAGUGCAGCUGCCUCGCUUCACGUUGCUGGAGUCGGGCAGUCUGCUCAUCAGCCCCUCUCACCUGUCCGACGCCGGCGGCUACACCUGCAUGGCCAGCAACUCCCGCGGCAUCGACGAGGCCUCCGCCGACCUGGUUGUCUGGGCUCGGACACGCAUCACCAACCCCCCACAGGACCAGAGCGUCAUCAAGGGCACCAAGGCCACCAUGACCUGUGGGGUCACCCAUGACCCCAGUGUCACUGUCAGGCACGUCUGGGAGAAGGGGGGCUCGGCCAUCGACGUGGGGACCGUGCCGCGCAUCCGCCUGGACUCGGACGGCACGCUGCACAUCUUCCAGACCUGGUCCGGAGACAUCGGCACCUACACCUGCAAGGUCACCUCCGUGGGGGGCAACGACACGCGCAAUGCCCACCUCCGUGUCAGGCAGCUUCCUCACUCCCCCGAGAACCCGGUGGCCACCCUGAGCCUGACGGAAAAGCGCAGCAUCAAUCUGACCUGGGCGCAGGCCUUCGACGGCAACAGCCCCCUCAUCCGCUACAUCCUGGAGGUGUCCGAGAACAACGCUCCGUGGACCGUGCUCCUGGCCAACAUUGACCCCGAGUCCAACAGCGUGCUGGUGGGCGGGCUGAUCCCGGCGCGCUCCUACCAGUUCCGCCUGUGCGCCGUCAACGACGUGGGCCGAGGCCAGUUCAGCCGCGAGACGGAGCGGCUGUCUCUGCCAGAGGAGCCCCCCAGUGCUCCCCCUCAGACUGUGAUUGCCAGCGGCCGCACCAACCAGUCCAUCAUGAUCCAGUGGCAGCCGCCCCCAGAGAGCCACCAGAACGGCCCACUGCAGGGCUACGUCAUCAGGUACUGCCUCUCGGGUCUGCCGGUGGACUGCCAGAUCAAGAACAUCACCAACCCGGACCAGACCAACAUGCUGCUGGAGGACCUCAUCAUCUGGACCAACUACGAGAUCGAGGUGGCGGCCUACAACGGAGCCGGACAGGGCAUCUUCAGCCACAAGGUCACCGAGUGGACACUGCAGGGAGUGCCUACUGUUCCCCCGGGCAAUGUCCAGGCCGAGGCUGUCAACUCCAGCACCGUGCGUUUCACUUGGAACGCCCCGAGCCCCCAGUUCAUCAACGGCAUCAACCAGGGCUACAAGCUCCUGGCGUGGGAGGCCGGCCACGAGGAGCAGGACCACGCCGCCAUGGUGACGGUGCGGCCCAACUUCCAGGACAGCGUGCACGUGGGCUACGUCUCGGGCCUGAAGAAGUUCACGCAGUACUUCACCUCGGUGCUCUGCUUCACCACGCCGGGCGACGGCCCGCGCAGCCCGCCCCAGAGAGUGCGCACCCACGAGGACACCCCCGGAGCUGUGGGUCACCUGAGCUUCACGGACAUCCUGGACACCUCUCUGAAAGUCAGCUGGAAAGAGCCGCACGAGAAGAACGGCAUUCUGACCGGCUACCGCAUCUCUUGGGAGGAGUUCAACCGCACCAACACGCGGGUCACGCACUACCUGCCCAACCAGACCCAGGAGUACCGCGUCACCGGCCUCACGGCCCUCACCACCUACACCAUCCAGGUGGCCGGCAUGACCUCCAAGGGCCAGGGCCAGCUCUCGUCCUCCACCAUCUCCUCCGGGGUCCCGCCAGAGAUGCCCGGACCCCCCACCAACAUCGCCAUCUCCAACAUCGGCCCCCGCACGGUCACUCUGCAGUUCAAACCUGGAUACGACGGCAAGACCUCCAUCUCACGCUGGCAGGUGGAGGCACAGAUCGGUGUUAUCGGCGAAAACGAGGAGUGGGUCACGGUUCACCAGCUGGCCAACGAGCCAGACGCUCGCUCUCUGGAGGUCACUGGCCUCAAUCCAUACACCUUCUACAGGUUCCGCAUGCGGCAGGUGAACAUCGUGGGCACCAGCCCCGCCAGCCAGCCCUCCAGGAAGAUCCAGACGCUGCAGGCCCCUCCGGACAUGGCCCCCGCCAACGUGACCCUGCGCACGGCCAGCGAGACUAGCCUCUGGCUGAGAUGGGUGCCUUUGCCAGAGUGGGAGUACAAUGGGAACCUAGACCUGGUGGGCUACCGGGUGCAGUACGCACGCGCCGGGUCAAAGGCCGGGGUGCUGUCCCACGUCAUAGCCGACCGGCUGGAGCGCGAGUUCACCAUCGAGGACCUGGAGGAGUGGACCGAGUACGAGGUGCGCGUUCAGGCGUUCAACGGCAUCGGGUCCGGACCCCUGAGCCCGUCCAUCAUCGGGAGGACCCGCGAGUCCGUGCCCUCCUGCGGGCCCAGCAACGUCUCGGCCUUCGCCACCACGUCCAGCAGCAUCCUGGUGCGCUGGGGAGAGGUCCUCCUGCACGACCGCAACGGCCUCAUCCUGGGCUACAAGGUGGCGUACAAGGAGAAGGACCUGGACACAGACCUGCGGUUCUGGACGGUGGAGGGCAACAACAGCCACAGCGUGCAGCUGACGGGGCUGGGCAAGUACGUGCUGUACGAGAUCCAGGUGCUGGCCUUCACGCGCAUCGGAGACGGCCGACCCAGCUCACCACCCAUCCUGGAGAGGACCCUGGAUGACGUGCCCGGUCCUCCGAUGGGCAUCCUCUUCCCUGAGGUGCGCACCUCCUCGGUGCGGCUCAUAUGGCAGCCCCCUGCCCAGCCCAACGGCAUCAUCCUGGCCUAUCAGAUCACCUACAGGCGGAACUCGUCCAAUAGCAACGCGGCCACGGUGGAUGUGCUCAGCCCCAGUGCGCGUCAGUACACAGCGACCGGCCUGAAGCCCGAGAGCGUGUAUGUGUUCCGACUGACCGCUCAGACCAGGAAAGGCUGGGGAGAGGCGGCCGAGGCGCUGGUGGUGACCACGGAGAAGAGAGCUCGCCCACAGCCCACCAGCAGACCUGUGGUGCCCCAGGAAGAGGUCCAGGCCAGAAGUGUGCUGUUGUCAUGGGAACCAGGCAGUGACGGCCUCUCCCCCGUCCGCUACUACACGGUCCAGUACCGAGAGCUGCCGGACAGCAACUGGACUGUGCACUCGGCCUCGGUCAGCCACGAGGCCAGCUCCUACAUUGUGGACAAACUGAAGCCGUUCACCUCCUACCAGUUCCGGGUGAAGGCCACCAAUGACAUUGGAGACAGUGAAUACAGUGAAGACAGUGAAGCCAUCACCACCUUGCAGGAUGCCCCAGACAAAGCUCCCACAAUCCUCUCUGUCACGCCGCACACCACCACGUCCGUGCUGGUCCGCUGGAAGCCUCCAUCUGAGGAGCAGAUCAAUGGCAUCCUGCUGGGUUUCCGGGUGCGCUACCGAGAGCUGCACUACGACCGCCUGAGGAGCUUCACCGUGCGCACGGUCAACAACCCGGCCGCCAGCUGGGCCGAGCUCACCGCCCCCUACAGCGUUAGGAACCUCAGCGAGUCCUCACUCACCCAGUACGAGCUGGACAACUUGAGCAAAAACAAGCGCUACGAGAUCCGGCUGAGUGUGUACAACGCCGUAGGGGAGGGUCCCAUAAGCAAACCACAGGAAGUGUUUGUGGGGGAAGCAGUGCCCACUGCCCCGCCCCAGAGCAUUUCUGUCCAGUCCUCCACCGCCUCCCAGCUGGACGUGACGUGGGAACCUCCUCCUCUAGACGCCCAAAAUGGAGACAUCCAAGGCUACAAGAUUUACUACUGGGAGUUCCAGCUGCAGAACGAGACGGAGCGCCUGCGGACGCUCUUCCUGCCCGAGGGAGGGGUCAAGCUGAAGAACCUGACGGGCUACACCACCUACAUGGUCAGCGUGGCCGCCUUCAACGCCGCCGGGGACGGCCCGCGCUCGGCGCCCACCAGAGGGCGCACUCAGCAAGCAGCUCCCAGCUCUCCCAACUUCAUUCACUUCAGCGAGCUGACCACUACCUCGGUCAACGUGUCCUGGGGAGAGCCCAAGCACCCCAACGGCAUCAUCGAGGGCUACCGCGUGGUCUACGAGCCCUGCACGCCCGUGGAUGGUGUCAGUAAGGUUGUGACAGUGGAUGUGAAGGGCAGCACUCCCCUCUGGAUGAAAGUCAAGGACCUGGCAGACGGCGUGACCUACAACUUCCGCAUCCGAGCCAAGACCCUGACGUACGGGCCAGAAGUACAGGCCAACAUUACCACAGGGCCCGGAGAAGGUGCCCCAGGCCCUCCUGGAGAGCCAUUUAUUACCCGCUAUGGGAGUGCACUCACGCUGCAUUGGACCAGCGGCGAUCCCGGACGAGCCCCCAUCACACGCUAUGUAAUUGAGGCUAGGCCAUCCGAUGAGGGCUUGUGGGAUAUUCUGAUUAAAGACAUUCCCAAAGAGGUUACAUCCUACACCCUUGACCUAGACAUGUUAAGGGAAGGAGUCACGUAUGACUUCCGGGUGAUUGGAGUGAAUGACUACGGUUAUGGCUCUCCCAGCGCACCUUCUCCGUCUGUUUCUGCCCAGAAGAUUUCGCCAUUUUACGAAGAGUGGUGGUUCCUGGUGGUGAUCGCACUUGUGGGGCUGAUAUUCAUCCUCCUCCUCGUCUUCAUCCUCAUCAUCCGUGGACAGAGUAAGAAGUACACCAAGAAAUCGGACUCAGGUAACCACUCCAACUGCACGUCUCUGCCCCUGAGCCACGGAGAGAUGGUCCGGCUGGACGAGGGACGCUUCCCGUCCCUGGAGCUCAACAACCGACGGCUCUCCGUGAAGAACUCCUUCUGCCGCAAGAACGGCAUCUACACCCGGUCUCCACCCAGGCCCAGCCCCGGCAGCCUGCACUACUCCGACGAGGACGUCAGCACCAAGUACAAUGACCUGAUCCCGGCCGAGAGCAGUAGCCUUACGGAGAAGCCCUCCGAGAUCUCGGACUCCCAGGGUAGCGACAGCGAGUACGAGAUGGAUCCCAACCGGCAGAAGACCCACUCCUUCGUCAACCACUACAUCAGCGACCCCACCUACUACAACUCGUGGCGGCGGCAGCAGAAGGGCGUCUCCCGCCCCCCGGCGUACGGCUACGGGCAGCCCGACAGCGUGGCGGAGCCCGAGUCCCGACCACAGCCACCUCCCCUUCCCCCCCUACCUCCCCUGCUGCCCCAGCAGAGCAACCCCUCCCCCCAGCCUCAGCAGCAGGGGCCUGGCCCGGGAGGACAGGGCGGCACCCUGUUCAGGGCCAAGGGCAGCCGGACUCCCACCCCAUCGCUGCUGUCCUCGGAGACCCACAGCCAGCACAGCACCCUCUACAGGCCCCCCAGCAGCCUGGGAUCAGCCAAUCAGGCACCUCCCACGGGAUUCUCCUCUUUCGUUUGACACCAGACUCUCAUUCCGAUGACAGCAGUAGU